AUGAGGAUAUCUCAAGCUGCAUUUCUAAGCGUGCUGCUUACUCCGGGAGCUCUAGGACACAAUGUUCAGGGGAUGCUCCUUGUGAACGGCACCGAGACGCCUGAGUGGAAAUACGUCCUUGAUGUCGGUACCAGUUACUACGUCUCCCCCGAGAAGUACAUCCCCGGUGACCAGAGCGCCAAGCUGGAACCCAUCGUUGGGACUAGCGACCCAAACAUCACUUGCGGCAGGUUGGCGUUCGACUCAGCAUCCAAGACUGAGACGGCCGACAUCAUCGCCGGGUCCGAGGUCGGCUUCCGAGUGUCAACCGACGGGAGGGGGACCAGGAACCCGGAGAAGGGUGUGUACCCGAACUUUUGGCAUCCUGGACCCGGCCAGAUCUACCUCUCGCGCGCUCCCAACGACGACCUCCAGAGCUACAAAGGCGAUGGCGACUGGUUCAAGAUUGCCUACGCAGGCCCCACGGAUGACCAGCACUGGUCGAUUUGGCCGAAAGUGACCGACUUCAACUUCACCAUUCCGGAGACUACACCGCCUGGCAAAUACCUGAUGCGCAUUGAGAACAUCAUGCCUACGGGGGAACUCAGAUACAUCCAGUUCUACGUCAACUGCGCCUUUGUCAAUAUCAUUGGCCCCGGCGGAGGCACCCCGACAGAGUUUGCGAGGUUCCCCGGAACAUACCCAGAUGACGACCCGGGCCUUCUCGUGCCCCCGAACCAGGACAUACAGGCCGGGACGGUGGCGUUGGAGGACAUGAAGUUGACUGAGUACAAGGCCCCGGGACCUGCCGUGUGGACUGGUUGA